AUGAAACUUUUCUACGUAGUAACUUUUCAUGUCUACAAACUCAACAGUGGGACCUAUAUUCAUACUGAUGGAAGGACGAUGUGGUUUUUGGCAAAGGGAAUAUGCAAAGUCACUGAAUGGGUCUCCAAUCAAGCAAGGCGCCACCACGAAUCACACUUAGGUCAGGGAGAGUUAAUUGGUGAGAGAAACAUUUUGAAGCAUCGAUGGAAAGGCAAACAGCUGCCGCUCAUGUGGCCAAAAAGAAGAUAUGAGACAUCAACGUACUGCGAAAUAAUUGAAAUCAGCGAGAAGGUUAUUGGAGAGCUUAUAAAACUGGAGCCAGCGAUUUACAGAAUCAUCAACAAUGAAGUGCAAGCUGAGAGAUUGAUCACAGAACUGAGACAUAUUCACAAGCAAAGAGACAUCACCACAGAGAGUUUCUGGAGCACAUUUUCAAGCAGUGGGAAAUCUUUGUUAAACACGGAGAAACUAACUGUUCCUGAAGGACGGGUAGGGAUUGUUGGGUGCUGGACUCAAAUUACUUUAGUGGCUCCGCGAAAAGCUCUCGAUAAGGACCUUUACAUUCGAGGUCCAGCAACGCUGUGGGUUGAACCAGCAGAUCCAAGAGGGGCUGGAAUGGUUUUCUUUGAUAAAGUCCGCUACGAAGAUUACGCCGCCACCAUGCACGAAGCAAGCUCUUGCAUAUCAUUUGUUCAUGAAGGUCCUUCGAAGAAGCUGCUUGCGUUUUCCGUUGAAGAUUAA